AUGGGGACACUGGAGCCUCUCUCAAACCUCUCCUCUCUUAUCAGUUUAGAAUUGCAAGGUUGUGGAGAGGAUCUGAAAUGUCAGGGCUUGUGGUCUCUCCUUAUCACCGGGGGCCAUCUCAAGGAAUUAAUAGUCUUGGGCAGCCCUAGUUUCUUUGCUGAUUGGGAUCCCAAUCCCAGACGGGCUUUGGAGGAUGCUGAGGGAGGUGAAGAGCAGCAGACACAACUUGUUUCGUCCACACUGUGGGAGCUCAUGACAGGUGACAUAGCAGGACUUCUUGCUGCACCCGUCUGCAGAUUCCUCUCUUCCUCCUUCACCAAGCUGACACUUGUGGGGGAUUCGUGUGAAGGGAUGGUGCGAUUCAGCAAGGAGCAAGAGGACGCCCUUCAACUCCUCUCCUCCCUCCAGGAACUAGUGUUUUUGGAUUUCAAGGACCUUCAACAACUUCCUGCAGGGCUGUGUAACGUUACCAGCCUCAAGAUGUUAUCAGUCCACUACUGUCCAGACGUCUCGUCAUUGCCCAACGAUGCCUUCUUGGGUUCACUGGAAAAGCUACGUGUCUGCAACUGCAGCAAGGAGCUAAAGGACAAGUGCAGGGGGUUAGUAGGAACCAUCCCAGAUAUCUGGAUAUUCUGA